GACCUGCAAGCCGCCCGCGCCCUCCUAGUGGUCGCCAUCGUCUUGGCCGUCCUGGGUUUACUGGUGGCCAUCGUGGGCGCCCAGUGCACCCGCUGCGUGGAGGACGACCCAAAGGCCAAGAUCCCCAUCGUCUCCGGCGUCAUCUUCAUCCUCUCCGGCAUCAUGACCCUCAUCCCUGUCUCCUGGUCGGCCAACACCAUCAUCCGGGAUUUCUACAACCCGCUGGUGCUCGACGCGCAGAAGCGGGAGCUGGGCACCUCGCUCUACGUGGGCUGGGCGGCCUCGGCCCUGCUGCUGCUGGGGGGCCCCCCCAAAGAUGACAGGUCCCCCACCGGCAAGGUGGCCUACUCCGCCCCGCGCUCCGCUGUCACCAGCUACGACAAGAGGAACUAUGUCUGA